AUGACCAAAGAGACGGGUGGAAUGUUCCCUAACUAUACUGGUUAUGAGCACGUCUCUGCAAUCAAAGGACAGGAUACCUUUACAGUGACCUCCAUAGUGAAUGGUGCUCAAAACGUACAACAAAUUAGUGAUCUUCCUCUCAGGAAUGUUGAAAAGGUCACCGUCUACUUCUCAGCUUGCAAUCCUACAACCCCUGCCAUGAUAUACAUACACUAUAAAGGUUUACACGGUAGAGAGGACAGUAAGUGGCUUAAGAACGAAAAUGGAAACGGGAAAUGGGAGGAUGCUAGUCAGUAUAUCCCAAUAGGUGAUGGAAAUGUCAUGAAAGAAACCAUUGAGAAUACUCUAAAUGCUAUCACAAAUACUCUAAGAUUAUGCUUAGGAUCAUCUGAACCUGGUGGUGUAGUAGAACGUAUUGGUGCUAAUGCUUCUGGGUAUAAUAAUCAAGGUAGCUAUGGUGAGUAUGUGUACUCAGGUGAAGGCUCUGAGGAUGAGUAG